UCGAUGCUGGUCAACUCGUGUUCUCCUUUCCCAAGCUCGUUCUGUCUGUCAUGAAUCCGUGCACUCCCUUUGUGUGCACAACACCACGCACAAACACAUUGUACUCUAGUGAAUGUGCUUAUGAUUGCGCAAUCCUCCUUUUCUCGACAAUUAUAAAGAACCACUACAAGCGACCACCUCAGGCGGAGCAAUACUCUUCCACCGAAGUUUGGCUUGUCGUCCAGCCGUUAUGACAUGCUAACCUUCGACGAAGUACGGCAUGCCUAGCCAGUAAUGUGGGGACAAGCCUUUACUGCCCUGCCCUUAAGCUUGAAGACAGGCCAGCCAUAAGAGAUUAAGUCCUGGUCAUUUUCCGUCUGGCCUUACGCCGUGCUCCGUUUACCUCUAGGAAACACUGAGAGUGACAGACGAUGUUGAGGGCGCCCGUGAUCCAGACAGACGAGAGACGAGCUAGAGUCAAACCUUUUACUAGAACAUCA